AUGGCUGGAAAUGAGGAAAGCGAGGGAGAAGAGAACCAAGAGAAUGAGGAGAGCAACGCCGAGGAUAACGACGAUGAAGACGACCAGGACGAAGACUUUGAUGAUCAAGAAGAUGGCGAUCAGAAAGUUCCAAACGUCAUUUUGAAGGCAUUUAAAUCCAAAGAAUUUACGAUUCUAUAUGAAUCGAUCAAAGAUGGUCAAACAGUUGGUAUGGAUCAAAUACUCAAGAUGGCUUCCUCUCCAGUGGUUAUGGCGGGUAUUACGGAGAUCCUCAAGAAGAUGGGCCCUAAUGGUGUCAGCGCUGCCGAACUUGCAACGGGUGCGUCAAGUGCGAUGGGAUUAUUAGAGUCAUUAUCGCUUGGAAAGACAGGAGGUGAAACUGAGGAGGAUGAAGGAGAAGACGAUGAAGAAGAAGAAGAAGACAACGAAGACGAAGACGAUGAAGAAGGAGACGAUGAUGAGCAGGACGAAAAUGAGACCGAGGGUGAGGAAGAAAACACGGAAGAAGAAGGCAUUGACGAGGAGGACGAUGAGGAGGACGAUGAAGAGGAAGAGGACGAGGAUGAUGAAAACGAAGAGGAUGAUAACAAAGAGUAG